AUGCCUAAAUUGAAUGAAUCGAACGAAUCUAUCGAAUCUCGCAUCCAAUUGGCCAUUCUUGAAUUAGAGAAUGUUGAUAAGCCUAAUAUUAAAGCGUGGGCGCGCACUAAAAUCCUGCCGUACCAGCGGCUUCUUGCGCGUUACAAGGGUCGCACAUCGCUCUCUGAACGGCUACCUAACGGUCGUAAAUUGGAUGAAUCGCAAGAAUCUGCCCUUUGCCGGUAUAUCGAUUUCCUCGAUUCGGUCUUCUUUCCUCCUAAGCGACCGGUAAUCGCGGCUGCUGCCAAUGCAAUUCUAGCCAGUGGCCAUAUUGGUACAACUAAACCACCUACAAUCGGCGACCACUGGCUAAGACGCUUCCUCCAACGUCAUCCCGAGUAUCUCUCUCGUCGUCAGCGAGCUAUGGAUAUAGAGAGAAAGAAGUGCCUAGAUAGGCAGGUUGCAAGAGAGUGGUUCAAUUCCUGCCAGGAGACGAUUGCCCAAUACGGAAUUACUGCGGACGAUAUAUGGAACUUCGAUGAGACCGGUUUCAAUAUCGGCGUAGGUAAAGACCAGUGGAUUAUUACCCGCGAACCUAAGCGCCAAAUCUCUGGCGGUUUCAGUACUAAUCGCGAGUAUGCAACUGCUAUUGAAGCGGUCUCAGCCACUGGUUCUACUAUCGCUCCCGUAGUAAUCCUUAGCGCUAUGGUCCUUCUACAGCGGUGGUUUGAGAUAGUAGGCGAUGAGAGAAUUGCCGUGACCGAAACUGGCUAUCUUAAUAACGCCCUUGCCCUACAGUGGAUACAGCUAUUCAAUAAGCUUACCAAGGAUUCGGCUAAGGGGACGCAUCGUCUACUAGAAUGUGACCAAUUCGGCUCGCAUCUUACAUACGAAUUCGUCAAAUACUGUGAGGAUAAUAAGAUUAUCCUCUUCUUUCUACCGCCUCACUCAAGCCAUAUCCUUCAACCACUAGAUGUUGGUGUAUUUAGUGCAUAUAAGCACUGGCACAGUGAAUGGGUAUACGAUGCUACCGUCAGCGGCUAUGAGAAGAUUACCAAGGAUGAUUUCCUUGGUGCGAUCGCGCAGAUUCGGCAGAAGACCUUCAAAACUUCUACAAUUAAGCUUGGCUUUCGAUUGACAGGCCUAUGGCCAAUCAAUCCGAAUAUAGUCCUCGAGGACUUAGUCGAUUCGGUCGAGGAGGAUUUCGGCUUUAAUACACCAAGUCCGCCGUCAUCAAUUGCUAGCGGUGGCCAAGAUUCGUCAGAUCUUAGUACACCAAAGACUGCUGAGCGUGUAAAGAGGCUAGAAGAGAGGCUGGAGGAUAAGAUUACUCGUAUGCAACAAUCGCCCUCUCGUCGCCUACUUAGAAAGAUGGCAAAAGCUGCGACCGAAUUCGCAUAUCUUAUUGAGGAGCUGCAGCAGAAUAUCGAGAAUUCGAAUUACCUGCGAGAGAUCCGAUACGCUCGCGAGAAUCGGUCGCGAAAGGCUUCCAAAUUGACUGGGAUAGUGCAUUCUAGCCAGGUUGAACGUAUGAAGCGAAUUCUAAAGAGUGGUGAUGACCUGAAGGCUAUCAUGAAGUUACGGCCAUAUUUCAAGAGAGAGGUCUUGCCGGAGUUGAAGGGGUUUGCAAGAAGAAGGGCUAUUUCAUUAAAAAGUAGCAUCGCUUUCUGUAUUGGCCAAUCAGAUGGCUGCAUUUCGGUAUAUUAA